UUCGAAAUUCCGCAAAGCCAUUGCGACCAAAACCAACGGUCUUUCUGUACUUUCAUCAUCAUCAUCAUCUUCUUAAAAUCUUAAUGAUCAUCGUCGUCUUCGCCAACCGACCUUCUCACCGGACAGCUUUUUAAUGCAUAACAUAGUCAAUAAUGAGGCCAAAACGAACAAAUUUCAUGUUUAUUCCUUUCUUCACUAACUAGUCUACCCCUCUCUGUUUCUCUCUCUCUCUCUCUCACAGUCUCUCUCCAUCGAAAUCUGUAAUGGGCAGCACGGAUGAACCCAAAAAUCCAUCUUCUCCCUACGAGUCCUCCUCACCUUCUCAGGCUCUUCUCUCGAAGUCUUACCCUUCGUCUUCGAUAGAAGGCGGCGAGAAUGAAUCAGAUGAAGAACAAAACCAUUACCCACAGAUCACCUUCAACUAUGGCCCCAGACGUUUCCAAGACCUCCCUUUCAUGGUCCUCUUUAUUAUCUUCUCCUUGUCCACCUUCGCUUUCGGUAUUUUCUCCAUUGCUCAUCGAAACCCUAAUUCUUCUGAGGUAUCUUCCUAUGUCUAUGACUCCAACUCCACCUCCUGUGUCAAGCAAUCUUUGUCGACUCCCCCCCUUGGAUUAUUCCAUCAAAUUUUUUAUCUCCGAUCCUUUUCGAAUUAUGCGUCGUCUUCUCAUUUUCUGAGCGAUCUGAUUUGGACCCUUGUAAUUACUUUCAUUUUGAGUGUGCCCUUGGCUUUAGGACUUCUCUGGUUACUGAGGCAUUACACCAAGCAAAUCGUCUACUUAUCCCUUCCUUUCUUUCUCAUAAUUCCCAUUUUCUUCAAUGUGUACUGGUUCGUGGCUUGUACUGUGAAGUCGAAUUGUCGCGAUGCGUUCCCCUUGGCUUACCGGAUUGUGGUACUUGUGUUUGUGUUCCUGAUUAUUGGCGUGAUUGUAUGGAUAAUUGUGGCGAAUUGGCAUCGUAUUGAGUUGACGGUGAGGAUAGUUGCGGUUGCAUCUGAAGCUCUUGCCAGGAAUAUGGGGUUGUUCGGAGUUCUUCCGUUGAUGAUUCUCGGGCUUGUUGUUUAUUUCGUGCCAAUUGUAGUUUUUUUGGUGUUUGCCCGGUUGAAUGGGAAGAUUGUUUCUCAUGUCAGUAAAGGAUCAGAAGAAGGGUAUUCCUGCGUUUGGAAGCCUGAUAGUUGGGUGCCCGCAUACUAUACGUUGGCAAUUCUCACAAUGUUGUGGUCUGCAGCAACCAUGGUGGAAGCUCAGGCGUACGUGAUUAGUGGGACUAUUGCGCAAUGGUACUUCUCGAAAGACCAUUCGCCUCCGAGACGAAGUUUAAGGAACUCUUUAAGAAAUGCAUUUGGCCCCUCCUUUGGCACUGUUUGCUUCUCGGGUUUAAUUAUCUGUGUGGUUCGUGUUGUGCGUGCUGCUGUUGAUAGUGCAAGGCGAGAAGAUGUUGUUCCUGGGAUAGUGAACAUAAUACUUCGUUGUUGUGUUAAUGCUCUACUGUCAGCAGUUGAUUUCCUAAACAAGUUCACGAUCAACUUUGCUGCAAUAACUGGUGAAUGUUACUGUACUUCUGCUAAAAUGACAUAUGAGCUUCUGAGACGUAAUCUUCUUUCAGCUGUUUUUGUGGAGACAGUCUCCUCACGUAUCCUGGCUGGAAUCAUCUUUGUCCUCUCAGCAGUAUAUGCAAUUGUGGUUUGGGCCAUCCUGAAUGCUGUCAGCAAUCUUGGAGUAGACGCAUACUUCGUCUCAGUUCUUGCCUGGGUUUUGCUCAUUGUGGUGCUGGGCUUCUUUGUUCAUGUGCUGGACAACGUGAUUGACACCAUAUACGUGUGCUAUGCCGUAGAUAGGGACCGAGGGGAGGUUUGUAAACAGGAUGUGCAUGAAGUUUAUGUCCACCUCCCCAUCAGUAGGAACAGUAGACCAUCUCUUGCCACCAGAACUCCACUGAUUGUAUAGGUGCUUAGUGAAGUCUCUGGCGGUGGAGGAUGUCAAAACUCGGUGGGGUUUCCUUGGUUGACCAACAGUGAAACUGGACUUGGAAAUUGUUGAAUUUGGGAUACUAAUUCAGUUAAAGUUGAUCUAGGGAUGCUGUUGUAUGUCUUCAUCAACCUUGCAUGCUGGAUUCCCAGUAGCCAGAGGGUUGCAUAGGAUUGGGAUGCAGCUUAAAACUUCAAGCCCAUGACACUUGAAGGCACCCUUCUCAGAAUGGAAUUGGAACCACCAAAAUGUAUGGGCAACAUGAUUUAGGUCAGUUGUUUUAUAUGCGUUGGAAUUGUUAAGAAAACUAAGGGGAUUACAUAGUUUUUGCUUAAAUGUAGUGUUAAGAAUAGAAAAAUAUAUACGGUCUAGGUUGGUCUAUAUCCUCACUUGUACAGAGUGAGUGAAUCAAAAUUUGUACUAUUGUAGUCCUAAUGAAACUAACUAUUUCAGAAUGUUUGGUUAUCUAACAUGAAUCUUUUGUUUCAGUU